CAGUAGGCCCGGGUAGGGUAGGGACUCGGGAUGUGCCAUGUGGUGUUUACUGUGUGAGGAGGCGGUGUGGUCCAGCUGAUGCCACACGAGGCGGUCUGACUGUUUGUUCUAUAAGAUCAUAACCCAGUCACUGCUGGCAGACUGGCACCACAUGUGAUUUGAUUGUCUCUCUGGGGAGGUAACCAACUACCGAACAUCACAAUGGCUAUGCUCGCAGAACCACGCAGGAGACAGAAAUGGUCACUUAAUCCCAGAGGAGCAGAUUGGGUUAAUGAUGACAACAAAUUUGGCAAGAAGUUGAUGGAGAAGAUGGGUUGGUCAAAAGGCAAAGGCCUUGGACGAGAGGAACAGGGAGAGAGGGAUCCAAUCGCUGUCAAGUUUAAAGACAACAGCAAAGGUAUUGGGUAUAAGGGUCAAGAUGAUGAAUGGAUUAAGCACUAUGAGGACUUUGAAAGUGUAUUAGCUACACUUAAUAGUGAACACAACAGUGCUGUCAAUUCCAAGACCAAUUCAGCAUGUAACAGUUCUGCCAACAGUGAUGAAGACUCACAGGAGAAGGAAGGGAAGUCUUUGGAAGCCAGAUCAAAAGUUUCCAGAGCUCGAGUUCACUACCACAAAUUUACUCGUGGAAAGGACUUGAGUAACUAUAAGGAAGAUGAUAUAGCCUGCAUCUUGGGCUCCAAAAGGGCAAAGAAGCUGGCUGAGACAGAGGCCAUUGGUGAUACCUGUACCACCACAGAGGUAGAUGAGAUUGGCCAUGUGGAUAAAAUGAAUGGUGUGACAACAAUUAAAGGCUGUAGUAUUCGGGACUAUUUUGCUCAGAAAAUGGCAUCUAUGAAGGCAUCACAGUUGGCAAAAUUUCAAGAUGAAGAAAAUGGGGAAGAAGAAGUUGAAUUAAGGUCAAAGCCUGAACUAAUGAGUUUCGUUAAUACAAAAGAAAAAGAGGGGAGACGUAAAGAGAAGAAUCAUGACAAAGAUGAUAAAGUGGAAGACAAUACAGAAAGAUUGAAAGGAAAAAGGAAAAAAUCUUUCUUGAAGGAGAAAGUGGAAGUUAAAGAAGAAAUUAGCCCAGAGAUUAAACUAGACAAAAGUGAAGAAAUUAGUCCAGCUAUUUUUAAGAAGGCAAAGAAAAGGAAAAAGACAAGUGAGAGCGAAAGUGCCAUACAUUGCACUGUAAUUGAUAGUCAGCAAGACCAAAAGAAGAUGAAAAAGAAACAGAAGAUAAAGGAAGAAAUGCUAGAAGAUAAACUAGGCUUAACUGUUGGCAUAUCUGAAAGUGGUGAAAAAGAACGAAAGAAAAAGAAAAAAAGAGAACGGCUGCAAGAAGUUGAAUCAGACAACAGUGGCAACACACCUGAAGUUUAUGAGGAAGAAAAUAAAAUGAAGAAAAAGAAACUGAAAAUGGAGGUGGAAGAAAAAUCAGAAUUGAAUGGCAAAAUGUCUGAAACUAAUGAAAAAGAAAAUAGCAGGAAGAAAAAGAAAACAAAAAAAUCAGAAGAUGAAUUGGACGCAAAUGUUAAUUCUGAAACUGGUGAGAAAGAACAAAAAAGAAAGAAGAAGAAAGCAAAGGAAGAGCCACAAGAAGGUGAAUCAAACAGAAAUGCCAUAACGUCUGAAAAAGAAGAAAAAGAACAAAAAAGGAAGAAAAAGAAGAUGAAGAAGGAGAAAGAGGAGGCAGAAGAUAGGUCUGAAACAACUGCUGAAAAUGAAGAAAAAGACCUUAAAAGGAAGAAAAAGAAAACAAAGAAGAGCCACAGAAAGAUAAAUGAGACAGAAAUGGUAACAUCUACAGAAUGAUAUCCGGCUGAUAUAUAGAAUUAAAUUAGAGAAUGAUAAGUCUAAUGGUGUGGUAUCCCAUUUUAUGUGAAGAGAUUUAAUACUUUACUGCACACCAUUUUUGUCUGAAGGAAAAAAAAUCUUGUACAGAAGAAGACGAAGAGCAGUGCACAGUAGACUCGAUAUAUUGUAUCAUGAGAGUGGCUGAGUACAGUACAGUAUUCCCAUGAAAUAGUAAAUAUAAAAAUUAAUGUACAGUAAUUUAAUCGGAAAUAUUGGGUAUGGGUCUGGAGCCACCUAAAAUACACCCAAAUAAUUUCCAAUAUGACAAAUACUUCACCUGACUAGACCCACCGCAAUUUCAACUCCACGUCAGGCCGACUCGACUCGUCACAUCACGCAGUGCCUAUAGCUCUCAGCCCACGUCUACGUAACCCACUGGUGACACCGUAAACAAACGAAAGUCGUAUUUCGUUGUUUUAGUUCAUCACUGAGCGAUACAAAUUUAUUUUCUUACGCUCAACUCUCUCCCUCGCUUCACUUGACAACACUUCCCUCCUCAUCACACAACACUUCCCUCCUCACCACACAACACUUCCCUCCUCACCACACAACACUUCCCUC